GAAAAGUCCAGAAUCACCUAUGCACCAGAAAAAACAGGUUUAUGGGUCUUAAAUAGGGUGUAGAGACCAAGGCAAAACAAGAAAUGGUGAUUUACCGUGAAAGACUGAUGGUAUAGUGAUUUUCCUGUUUGUUUUGAAGAUGAGCAUGUAUUUGUUGUUUGUGUAUCUGGUUGUGCUGCCACAUGGGGGCAUAGCCGGAGCCAAUUUCUCCGGCUGCAGUAGCCCAGAAGUUGUGCGUGUUGCAGAGGAGGCCUUGGAUCAAAUAAAUAAGGAUCGGGCUCAAGGAUACAUUCUGGGCUUCAACAGGCUGUAUGAUUUCUCACACACCCCUGAAAAGAACAAAGGGGAGUCUCUCUAUAAGCUAAACAUUGAUGUCAUUGAGACUAAAUGCCACAUCAUAAGCAAUAAACCAUGGAAACAAUGUGAAAUUCGAAGACUUGGUUCUGUUCCUGUAUACGGGGAGUGUCAAGUAUCUGUUUAUGUUGACACAAAAGUCAGACUUCAAAGUUACUCCUGUGCACUUCGUGAAGUUCCAGCCACUGAAGUCUUGGACAUGUGUCCAGACUGCCCUAUAGCAGAGAAUGUGAAUGAGCCAGUCAUCAAGGACAUAGCACAGCUCUCUCUGCUGAGGUUCAAUGAAGAGCGCCACUAUGCCCAUUACUUCACAUUGGAGAAUAUUACAAGAGCCAGUAUACAGUGGGUUGCGGGGCCAUCCUACUUUGUUGAAUUCACCAUUGUACAGACGGUUUGCCUAAAUAAAACAGAAGACAGUGACCUGGGAAACUGCCCACCAAUGGACCUUCAGUUUGCCCAUCGAGGCUUCUGUUUGACCUCACACUUGGAGGAUGUAGAUGAUGGUGGUUUCAGAUUCAGUGGUGGGAAGGAAUUCCAGAACAGGAAGAUUGUAGAUGUGAAGUGUGAGAUCUUUGAACCUCAGUCAGCGGUUGGCCAUCAGCACCACAACCAAACAAACUUACACCCCCAUGAGCUAAUGAACUCAACCAUACCUGGUUCAAGUCAAGGUAUCUCAACAGCGAGAGGCCUCCUGGGGUUUGUGAUAGACCAGCCAGCAUCUCCUAGGUCAGCCCCAGUGGCUAGCUUCUGCCCUGGCUCCCGUAGAUAUGAUUUGGGUAUAAGUAAACUCAAGCUCUAAAUACAGUAUAUAAUACAAUUUGAGUGAGAUGCUUUAUUUAAAUACUGUACAGAUUUCCGAAAAAAAGCAUUAUCAAGCUGUUUUGUCACAUCAAACACAAGGACAAAAGUUGUAGUGAGAAAAGUGAAGGUUUUAGAACCAGUUAGUCAACAUUACAGUGAUGACGUAAUAAGUGGAAAUCAUUUUGAUCCCCUGCUGAUCUUGUGCGUUUACGCUCCUAAAAAGAUGUGAACAGUGGUAGGUUUUCUUUAAAGAGGACUUAUUAUGCUUUUUCCACUUUUUUGACCUACGAAUGUAGUCAGAAUAGUCCAAAGUUUCAGAUAAUGACGUUUGCGCAUUUGGGAAUGAGCCCUGAAAUAAGUUUUGGAUGGCUCUGAACACUCUGUUUCAGAUUUUCAGUUUUUUUAUAAGUUCUGUGAUGUCAAUGCAUUCCGGACUUCUAUAUAUGAGCUGCAGAUUGUCAGCACUCAGUAAACGCGGAGUUACAGAUUUUGAAGUCCUCGGGAGCGCUUGGAAAUGUGACCAUUUGGGUCGGAAGCAGGCAAUCCAUGGAAAUGCUGCACAAAGAGGUGCAGAAUCUGUAAGAUUUAGAAUGCUUUACGUGUGGGUUAUCAUGUGUAGCUGUUGUAUAGGAGUCCACAACUCAAUACAACGGGCUGAAAAUUAGCAUAAUAGGUCGCCUUUAACAGUGAGAAAUAGAAUAUCAACAAAAAAUCUGGAAAAAAACAUUAAAUAAAGGUUUCAAAUGUAUUUCUAUUUCAUUGAGUGAAAUAUGUAUUUAAUCUCUUCCUGGCCAGUAAUAAUUCUGACCUUCAACGACCAGUAAUGUUCCCAUGAAAUACACAAAUUAGUCAUCCUUUUAGCAAGAAGCUUGGCAAGAAGAAACCACUUUUGGUAAGAUCAUUUGAAAUCAUAACAAAUGCAAGUUAAGAGUCAACAGCAGUCGAGAACAACACAGCCCUCACUCUGGAGCACCAGGCAAGAUCUCACCUCAUGGGCUAAAAUGAUGGAAAAAACAGACGCACAUCAAGAGCAAGUGAAGCUUGGAAUGCUGAAGUAGGUUGGA